UACACAACUGGUGACCGCUAUCCUGACCAAUAUCUCUUGGCCGACCCCACCAUCGAAGAACCUCAUUUCUCACGGCUUGCCUUUGUACGUCGGCUCCUGUGUCCAUCUUUGCGGCCAGACUUGGGAGCAUUCAGGUAGUUGAUAAUCAUUGUGAAUCCCCUUCUACAACGGUUAGAGACGUGUAGCGUGUGCUAUUGUCAAAUUGGACACAUCAGCCUGACUUCAGUAUUCAAACAUGGAUUCCAAUCGUCUACACCUAAAUUUCGGCAACAACAACGAGCGGCUUGUUCCCUCUGACCGUACAUAUCCUACCACGCCCUCAACGUUCCCGCAGCCUGUCUUUCCCGAUCCCAUGCACCAGCAGCAGCAGCAACAGCAGCAGCAGCAGCUUGGUGCCCCGUCAGCCCAGCCAACGCAGCAGUAUACUGGUGGCUAUGCGCCAGGCAACGGCUACUUCGCUCAGAGCCAGUACCAGCCUCAGUACACCUCUCAUGGAGUCGUUGAUUACUCCCCCCAGCCUGGUGGGUAUCAACCCCGGCCUGGCACGAACGACCCCAAUAUUGGCCUCGCUCACCAGCUCUCUCACCAGAACCUGGGAGGCGCUGCGAGGGCGAAUGCCUACGAUGCCCGCUCAAGCUCACCCACUCAGCCGCGUCCUCGGACUGCCGGUUUUGCCGGGCAGAAACCUAGUUACGGCUAUCCUGCCGACCCCAUGCCCACGCGACAGACUGCGUUCCAAAAAGCUCCCGUGAGAAAUUCAAAGCAAUAUAGUCAAAAUACUAAUAGCAAAGGAGUAAAAAGUGACGCACAAGCAGUCGCAUUUUUCACGGAUAGUGUCAAACUAGCCCGUGAGCGCAAUAUAAGACAGCUCGAGCUGGAGCGAAGACUUCAGGAGCCUAACCAAUCACCAGCCAGGAGGGCACAGCUCUGGCAGAGUGCCGGCAAGAAGGAGGGGAAAUAUCUGCGCUUCUUGCGAACCAAAGACAAGCCAGAGAAUUAUGAGACCAUCAAGAUCAUUGGAAAAGGUGCUUUCGGCGAGGUCAAGCUAGUUCAGAAGAAAUUCGAUGGCCAAGUGUUUGCCAUGAAAUCCCUUAUCAAGACGGAAAUGUUCAAGAAGGAGCAGCUCGCCCACGUCCGGGCGGAGCGAGAUAUCUUGGCCGAGUCGGACAGUCCCUGGGUCGUCAAGCUAUUUACGUCGUUCCAGGACGCCAAUUUCCUCUACAUGCUGAUGGAGUUUCUGCCUGGCGGUGAUUUAAUGACCAUGCUGAUAAAGUAUGAGGUCUUUAACGAAGACAUCACUCGAUUUUAUAUGGCAGAGAUCAUUUUAGCGAUUGAAUACGUCCAUAAGCUAAACUUUGUCCACCGGGACAUCAAGCCCGAUAACAUCCUUCUGGAUAGAUAUGGGCAUAUCAAGUUAACAGACUUCGGUUUGUCCACGGGCUUCCAGAAAAAGCAUGAUAAUACGUAUUAUCAAAAUAUGUUAGGGCAGAAAUCAAACCAGCCAAGAGAUCGCAAUUCGAUCGCCUUCGACCAAAUAAACUUGACAGUCAGCAACCGCAAGGAUAUAAAUGAUUGGAGACGCUCACGACGAAUGAAGGCGUAUUCGACGGUAGGGACACCGGACUACAUCGCCCCCGAGAUCUUUACAGGUCACGGAUACUCGUUCGACUGCGAUUGGUGGUCGCUAGGAACCAUCAUGUACGAAUGUCUGGUGGGCUGGCCGCCUUUCUGUGCUGAAGACAGUCACGACACGUACCGGAAAAUUGUGAACUGGAGACAGACGCUCUAUUUCCCUCCGGAUCUCGAUCCACUAAGCGUCGAGGCAGAGCACUUCAUCAGAAGCCUCGUUUGCAAUACCGAGAAUCGGCUUGGGCGCGGUGGAGCCCAUGAACUCAAGAACCACGUCUUCUUCCGGGGCGUCAACUUUGACACAUUGCGCCAAGUCCACGCACCGUUCGAACCGAAGUUGGACUCGGCCGUCGAUGUCCGGUAUUUCCCGAUAGGGGAGAUUGAGCAAAUCGAGAACAAGACAUUAAUUGAGCAGGCGCAGGCGUCGGCUAAGCAGAUUGCGGAGACGCCGGAAAUGAGUCUGCCCUUUAUCGGGUACACGUUUAAGCGGUUCGAUAGCUUUAGCUGAGCAGUAGAUGUGCAUGCACAUUAUCCAGACAAGAGACAAGCUCGGGUUUCAGAGUAAGCGGGUGGAGAGAAUCGGGUGCGGCGGGUUAGUAGGUGCGGGCAACCCUCAUUCGUGGUAGCGUUUCGUGGCCACGGUUGUGCCUUUAGCAUUUGGUAGACGUACAUUCGACUGCAUGUGAUGUUAACUUGGCUUUUAGCAUGUCAGCCUUAUGGUACAGCCCCAUACCUACCCCGUGCCGCUCCCUUUACCGAUGUCUUAAUUACAUUAUGUGUCAGGCGGCGAAUAUUUUGAGGUGAGAGGGUAGUCGAGUGUGAGACGCCCUUCAGAGAGAAAACAUUUCAAUGCCAAGUGCCGAAUUGACGGCAUACCUAUGACUGGAGAAGGAAAAUAUGAUAAGCCUUGGACGCAUAUAUACAGAGAUACAGCAAGAGGGAUGGGUAUAUAUACCUAGAACUUCAGAUAUAGAUAGCCAUUUAGCAUAUUGUGAGCUCACAUCGGCCUUAUAGAUAGUGCGUGGUAUAUUGAAACCUCUUUUUUUUGUUGGCCUGUAGAAAGUGAGCCAGAUGAAUGCCUAUUCAGCUACGCUCUCACAGUCAUUAUCACAUGUAAAUAAGGAGACCAACUUAUCCACACUAUACGGCUCGGUACUUGGACAUCUAAUGUAGCAUUAAAUAAUUAUAUAGAGGAUUUAUAU